GUCAUAUGAGCGGUCAAGCAUCGUUUGCCAUCUGCUUCGGUAGCAGAUGGCUUAUUCUCGGAAUAAAUCGACAUCUGUCUCGAUCGACUAUAAAUUUCGACUUUAAACAAUUGGAUAUUUUAAUUUGUUAUAAUCAGAAGGUGAACUUAUAAAUUUUUUACAAAAAGUAAAGAUUAUUUUAAAGACUGGAUUAAGAGCGACCGUUUGAAUUGCCCUUUAUCGUUUCCUUUUUUUUUGUAUAUGUGUGUGUGUUGGGUGAAUUAUAACGGUCGCGUGGCAAUCUCGUGCGAAUUCGUUAGGGCCAUCGCGCAGAUGGGAGCAGAUGGCUUUUCUUUACACGGAGCCGGAGGAUUUCCAUCGCAUGUCGUGUUUUUAGUUCACAAUGGGACAGAGAAUCGGCAAGUUGUCGGGUCAAGAUACUCCCGUUUUGAAAAGAGUUUCUUCCGCUAGUACUCCCCUGUUAAACAAUAACAGUCCAACAGAAUCUGUUAAUAAUAAUAAGCCUUCUACAGAUUCUCCACAGUACCCGAAUGGAAGAAGAAUAAGUACUUCUUCCAGUACACCUCAUUUACCAACAGUUGGUAUUCCCGAAGAAGUGGAAACGCCUAUUUUAAGAAAUCAUGCCAAUACAAAUUAUAUUAGCAAUAAUUUAAAUGAAAAUACAAACUCUCCCGACAAAGUAACAGAAAAGCCUUUAUAUGAAAACUUUGCUUCCUUCAAAGCGUUAACUCCUUCUCCACAGACUAGUACUCCGAAAAAAUCUCCAAGAAUGGAAGAAAUUAUAUAUGAAGAAAUUACUUCCGAACAUUUAUCUUCCAAUAAUUAUUAUAAGGAAGCUUCGGAAAACAAUCGCGAUCGAGAACGAAAAACUUCAAUUGAUAAAAUCGAUGAAACCUAUACCGAUAUGGCACCUUUAACAAAUCAAGCAAAAAAUCAGUCAGAGAAAACAACAUUGAAAAAAGAAAUUCCAGAAAGAUGCAGUGAAUGGACUUCGACUUCUAUACAAAAGUGGCUUUAUGAUCUUCACACGUUAACAGAGACUGAAUGCCUCAGCACUCUGCAAGGAAAAGAUUUAACACAAUGCCAAUUUGUUAGGAUAUCUCAAGAUGCUGUGGUUACUUUAAAUAAACUGACUAACAAAGUUAAUGAAAAUUUUAAUCAUUGUAUCAAAACAGCCAUUCAUGGACAAUGGUCGAAUAGUUGUAAAGAAUUAUGCAUCGGCAUUAAUAAUUUAGCUAAAUAUUAUGAAAUAAACAUUACAUUUUUACAUCUAUCAUACUACAAACCGAAAAUGGAAGAAAUGUGUAGAAAAUUGGAAGAAUUAUCUAAGAAAAAUGAAGAUAGAAUUGAAAUAAUUCUCGAGAACUUUAGAAAAGAAGUGGAAAGACAUACAAGAAUAUUGAUAACAUAUAACUUACAUACAAUUGUACAAAUGAUCCUUAAAGGAAACGAUGCAUACUCUUUGAAAACUGCAAUUACUUCUCUUAUCACAUUAGCUGAAAUUUCAGAUGUCAUCAGAUAUUUAAUUUCUAAGGUUGGUGGAAUUAAUGCCUUACUAGAAAUAUGCACAAAGAAUAAAGAUAACUCCCUAAUACUUUUAGCGUUGAGAGCUUUAUCUGUUGUAUGUUCUACUCCUAGCACAGUUGAAAAAUUCGUUAAAGCCGGAGGAAUUGAAUGCAUUACGCAUGUUUUUCAACACGAAUCUGUAGAAGAAAUAAGAAGUGAAGCAGCGGGAUUACUCACACAGAUUACAGCACCUUGGAUGGAUAAAUGUGGUCUCACUGUAUCGAAGUUGAAAUUUAAUAUCAAUUAUAUCAUUAGUUCACUCACUGAUUUAAUAGAAACUACAUUUAGUGAAGAAGUUUUUUUACUUGCAACAUCAGCCUUAGCGAAUUUAUCAUAUUUAGAUAGUGAAUCUUGUAAUAUUAUUAAAGAAUGUGGUACAGUGCAAAAACUUAUAACGAAAUAUAGAUUACAUACAGAAUCGUCAUCAUCUCUAUAUAUUAAAGAUCAGAUGGCUACGAUAUUUGCAAAUAUGGCUACGUCUUUUCCUCAUCACGUUUCCGAUACGGGUGGCGUUGUCCUCCUCUUGUGUUUUCUUCAAUUGAGACCAUCUCUCAUGCACAGUAAAGCAGAGAAAUCGGCGUGUGAGCGUAUUUUGCAAAAAUCAGCCAUCGCUAUAUCUCGUCUUUCGAGUUAUAAAGAUAUUUCAUCCAUAAUAAUUGAAAUGCAAGGAAUUCAUAGAUUGGUGAGGUUAUGCAAAGAUAGAAAAGAAAGGAAUGAUAGUGAUACGGUUCUCAUAGCUUGCUUGGCUGCGAUUAAGAAAAUUUCUGCAAGUCAAGACGUAGACAUAUUCAAAAAGUUGAAUGCUGAUGAUUUAGUGGAAUCGCAUAUUUGGGAUUCAUUUUUAAUUUAUUCAUCGAAACUUAAAUUAGACGAAAGUAAAUCGUCCAGCGAUAACAGCAUAGCUGUGUGAACGAAUUGAAAAAGUAGAUUCAGAUAGUAAUUUAUAAAAUCUCUAUUUUCCCAUUUCACUUAUAAUACUUCUCGUUAAAAUUACGUAUUUCGAUCAA